AUGACAGAACGUGGUGUUACUAUGUGGGGCUUCGUCGCCUUAUCGCCAUUUUGCAAGGGCAUUAGACUGCUAACUUCAAUCCAAGUUUCGCAGGUGUGGGGGAAGAGUUGUACCGCAUACGUACCCGGAACAGGAGAUUUCAUUGGGAACAGUGUGGGAACUGGAUAUACUCCCGCGUAG